AUGGCGCAUCCUACCAUCAAGAUCGAUACGAGUGUCCAGGCGACCAAGCGCGCUUUACCAGAAGAUAAUGAGGGUGGCUUUGAGAUUGUAGAUGGUUCCGAGCUGGAUAAUCCUGGUCUGGACACCGGCGAUACUGAGCUUGUGCCGCCGUUCCUCUGCCAAAAUGUCAUGGAUAUACAUCAGAAAUUCGAGGAACUGGAAUGGCUACAACGGACGCGCAUCUCGGAGGGGUCGAUGUCAAAUGACCCCGCGCACCGUUGGGCUCUGGAGGCGGACCCCGAGGUCAAGGCGAGAAACCGGUAUCUGAACGUGCAAGCGUGGGCGAAUUCGCGCAUCCACCUCCGAGUGCCAGAUGGCGAGUGCGAUUUUAUUAACGCCUCGCCAAUCAUCUUGAAUGAUUCGGUGUCGCAGGAGGAGAGGAGGUAUAUUGCCACACAGGGCCCGAAAGUCGGACAUCUCGCUCACUUCUGGCACAUGGUGUUCCACGAGAGCCAGGAUGUGGCCGUUAUCGUCAUGCUUACACAGACCGUCGAAUCCGGACGGGAGAAAUGUGCACAAUACUUCCCGCUCGACCACGAACGCCCUUCCAUGAUCCUGCGACGGGAUGAGAACGACCCCUACACACACGAUGAAGCCCAUGAAGAGGCGAAUAACAGCGUCAUGGGCGAGGUUACUCUCCUGGAAACGGACUUUGACGAAGAAUCCCACUCCGAAGUGCGCAAGCUCCGACUCACAUUGGGGAACGAAUCCAAGAUCGUCUGGCAUUUCCUGUUCGCCGGCUGGGCCGAUUAUUCUAAGCCAGAAGGGGACGAUCGCGAAGCGCUCCUCCAUCUGAUCAAGCUAUCCGCGUCCAAGUGUUCCCCUGAUAACCCGCGGAUCGUGCAUUGCAGCGCCGGUGUGGGCCGCACCGGCACGUUUAUUGCGCUUGAUCACCUUCUGCAGGAACUCGAAUCGGGCGAGCUACAAAAGGUCAGCGAUCGAGAGACAGACCCUGUCUUUGAGACGGUCAACCAGAUGCGGGAGCAACGGAUGAUGAUGGUCUACAACGAGAUGCAACUCCAGUUCAUCUACGAGGUGCUGCGCGAACAGAUGGACAUGAAGCUCGGGAAGACCACGAGCUACACCUCGCGCAAAUCUGACGGGAGAUCCUCCAAGAUGGCCAAAUUAUCCAACAGCUCCGAAUACCUGCCUUCGCACAAACCGGAGCUGGAGCCCAUCGCUGACCAGCCACCGCGAAGGUGGUCCGGCUCGCUAGACAACCUCCGACCAUGA